CGAACAGCCCACUGGGGGCCCGAAAGCAAGGAGCGCCAACUUCCGGAGAGGAGCUGAGGCUGUUGCUUCAGGAUACAAAAUGACAGCAGUCGUCUUUAGUCCUAGCAAGGUCAUGAAUUUGGAUGAGGUCCAAAGAAAGGGCUAUGCAAUAGCCAACACUCCCACAUGGCUGGUGUUAAGAAGCCCUCAUAAUGCAGAGGAGACAUACCUCCAGAAUGUAGCUGGGGUUCUGAUGCGGGUGCUCUCAACCUCAACCUUCUUUGAGCAGAAGUGGCUGGUUACUCGAAUAGAUGCCACGGCUGUUUGUCCAACACCAGAGGCAGUGGCCUUUACUCCAGAAGUGAUCACCUGGUACAUGCCCAAGCACAUAGACCCACUUUUCUCCUCUGAUGGAAUUGACGCGAAGAGGCUGGACACUGAGGAAAUGGCUGCCAGAAACUACUCGGUUUUAUUCAUAGAGGCUCAUAUUAUUGUUGCAAUUCCGGGGGGCAGCCAUAUUCAGGAUGACCAGUACUUUGUCACUUACAACAUUGAGUCCAUGCUUGAGUUUCUGUGGAUCGAGGAGGUCGCACACGAGGACACCAGCUACAAAGUCCUCUUCCCUAUCACGACACCUCCGAUGGCCAGGCCUCCACAAGUUUGCAACUACACAGUUCCUGAGCAGGCAGUGUUUGUGCUUGAGUUGGGGACCUUCAACCUUCAUGUGGAGCUGCUGAACAUCACCUUUCCCACCAUGGUGCUAACUGUUGCAGAGUGCAACGCCAGAGGCUUCAAUGUUCAGGAGCAGAGAUCCCCGGACAAUACCUUGAAGACCUUCAGGAUGGAGGUGCCCUUCUCAGACUCGGUGGUCUUUAAAGAGGUGUGUUUCUGUUAA